AGGAGGGUUCAAAGCUUUCUAGACCAUUCUAAUUUGAUUCAGAUUUUCUCGCCUUUAGAAGACGUCAACAAGCACACCCGAGGCAAGUUACUCCGGUGGGCACUGCGCAUUUCGUGUUUGCGAUACACGAUUGAGCAUAUCGACGGCGAACGGAACCUGUGGGCGGAUAUAGUAUCGCGG